ACCUUUCAAGUCAGUAGUUGCGACCAAUGUAGUUGUUAUUGAUUUGAUCAAUAGACGAUGAAGUCAAGUGACAAGUCAAGUACAAUUUGUAGGAUGAAAGUAGAUAGUAUAAAUAUGAUAAUACAGCAAUAGAGAUGUACGAUUCCUCGAAAAAAGUAUUCGAAUCGAACAGUAAUAAUCGAUUCUUGGGAAUCUAUUGAUGUUUUUCGACAUUAGUGUAGAGACUGUAGAGUUGGAAAGGAAUCGUUAACAUAAUUUUUCGUAACAAGAAUCGAAUACUUAGUAAUUAAUUAAGCAAAACUGUACGUUCUCCAAGUAAAAAUAUUGUGCUGGACGUGCUCCCGUGAGAAACGAAAACAUCAGUCGAUAAACCAAGUUGAUUUGGAAACAAAGUUUGCUGCACGAGGGAGUGAGAGAAACAAAUGUCAUGGACUCAAAAGUAGUCAGUAUCUGUCUUCGUUUGCUACUAUUAGUCGGCGUCGCGCUGACACUCGCGAUCGCAUGCUGCCUGCACUACUACGUCCACGACGACACCGCGCCUGUAGCUUCUCCCGCGCGAUCGGAGGACGAGCGGCAGGAGGCGGCGGUGGUGAGGAUGGCAGGAAACCUGCGCGCGGCUGCGCUCAGGGCGGUGAUCCUCGGGGCGCCGGGCUCCGGAAAGGGCACCAUCUCCGCGCGCAUCGUCGACCAGUUCAGCGUUUGUCACUUGUCCAGCGGCGACAAGCUUCGCCAGCACAUAGCCAAUCGUACAGCACUGGGACAAGAGGUGAAGAAAUAUCUGGACUCCGGUAGCCUCGUGCCAGACGAAACGAUGAUAGCGCUUAUCAGCGAGGAGAUAAAGGCUGUCGGCGAUCGAAACUGGCUGCUCGACGGAUUUCCCAGGACGCUAUCGCAGGCCGAGGCCCUCCAAAGGAUCCACCCAGUGUCGCUGGUCAUCAGCAUGAACGUGCCCGACGCCGUGAUACUGGAGAGGUUGAAGAACCGAUGGGUGCAUCUGCCGAGCGGCCGAGUCUACAACAUCGGCUUCAACGACCCCAAAGUCAAGGGCUUGGACGACGUGACUGGCGAGCCGCUGAUGCAGCGCUCCGACGACCAGCCGGAGAUAGUGCAAGCGCGCCUGGACCAGUACGCGGCCAAAACGAGGCCGGUGAUCGACUACUACCGCGAGCUGAACCUGCUGCGCUCGUUCUCCGGCCAGACGACCGACGCCAUGUGGCCGAGCAUCCGCGAGCUAGUCGCCCAGUACGCCUAGGCGACGGAGCCUGCCGAGCGCCACACGCUGUGAUAAAGGCCAAGCACGGCUGUACGCGGUGAAAACGCACAGGCCGCGAGCACGUUACUCGCCGCGGCGAGCCGACUCUUCCAUUAGUUCAUAUAUUUGUAUAGCGACGUACAGUUUUAUCGCGGUCAAUUAUUUUUGUUUUCAUUUUUAUGUGUAAUAAAGAGCUCGAGGAUUGUGUGUCUAA